GCGGCUCGCGAGUCUCGCGGCUCCCCUCGGCGACGAUGGAGGACAGCUACACGGUGCACCGGCGACGCAAGGCCGCUGCCAGACGCCGCGAAAAGACACCCGAUCCGGCCACCACUGCCCACUGUGAAGACACGAGCUCGAUGGACGAGAGCGAGGAGCGCCGAGCGCGCAUGGAGCGCAUGGUCGAGGACACGGAGCGCAUGGAGCUCAGGCCGGACGAGGCCAGGCCGAGAUCGACAUCACCGGGUGCCGGCAGGACCGAUAUACCGGAGGUGGGGGAGUCAGCCUCAUCGCUUCCCAAGAGCCAAGAGGGACCGAGCGAGCCCCCGGCCAGGGGUGCCUCCCGGAGAACCGGCGACUCCGAGCUCAGAAGGAGGGUGGGCUCCCCCGCGGAGGCCAGAACCCGCUCGACGACCACUGCUCGGGAGGAUGAAUCCCAGGGGGAGGCACAAAGCGGCAAGAGACAACGCCCGGGCGGGAGUGUCAGGCAGCGUCGCCGUGAACCCUCGGACGAGGAGGAGGAGGAGGAGUCGAGUCACGGUAGGUCGUCGCACCGGCGCAAGUCACCGGCAAAGAAGCAAAUCAUACCGUUGAGCAACGAGAGCCUCGCGGGGGAUGUGGCCAAGGCCAAGCGAGCCUACGCCCAACGCCACACCAGCGACGAGUACGAGGAGGAGGAGGAGGAGGAGGUGGUGGUAGCGCCGAGGAGGAAGAGGGAGACGACGGCGCGCAGGAGGAAGCCGAGCGUGAUGCACAGCGAGGCCGAGAAGAAAGAGAUCAGCGAGUCACUGGGUAACCAGGAGUCCUCCUCGUGGCUCCGGUGGAUCCCGUUCUUCGGGAGAAAGCCCAAGACCGACGAGGAGACGAGGAAGGUAGGGCACUUCGAUAAUCAAGUGGGUGGGGGGGUGGGCUCGUCCGCAGCCAAGAAGGAGGUGGAAGAGGAGAAGAAGGCUGGUACGCUGGAGUUUUUGGGGUCGUUGGUGGCCGUAGUCGCGGAGUUUCGGGAGUUUUGCCGUCAAAAUCCGCGGGAGGUGGGCAUCCUGGUUGAGCUGCGGAACCUGUGCAUCGCCGAGGCCAUCGUCACGGUGAUAAUAUGCGGCUUGGGUGGUUUUGCCUUUCGGUUCACCGAGGGGGCCUUCGAGUCGUUCUACAAGUGCGGGGUCAAGCGCGUCAAGCGGGACUUUUUGGACACGCUUUGGAACUACAGCCACAACAUGAAGGAGGACGACUGGAAGAGCCUGGCGCGCCGCAAGCUCUACGAGUUCGAGGAGCAAUUGCACGAGGCCCACGAGGCAGGGGUGCAGAGCUACACGGGCAUCAAGAGCUGGAGCUUCCUCAACUCCAUGAUGUACAGCCUCACCGUUAUUUCGACCAUCGGUUACGGUCACAUAUCGCCAAGUACAACGACGGGCCGAGCACUGACGAUAGUUUACGCGAUAAUCGGCAUACCGAUGUUCCUCAUAGUUUUGGCCGAUUUCGGUAAGCUGUUUACCCGCGGCAUCAAGUUCCUGUGGGCGUUUGUGCGUAGGCUCUACCACAACGGCAGCUGUCGCAAAGUUCAAAAAACCGCCCAAGUACAGGAAAUGAUGAAAGGCGUGCAGUUGGUGUACGAUUUCGCGACGUUCAGGCGACCGUCGGAGGUGGAGGAGAUGCAGCGCCAACAGCAGCAGCAGCAGCAGCAAACGACCCUCGGUAUCGACGGGAGCGCGUCGCAGAGGCCAGACUCGCCCGCGACAUCCGCAAUGUCCGUCUUUCAGGUGGACGACGAGUUCAAUCUGCCGAUAUCCGUGGCCAUAACGAUCCUCGUCCUGUACAUCAUUUGCGGCGCGGCAGUGUUCAACUACUUCGAGGAGUGGACCUUCUUCGAGAGCUUCUACUUUGUCUUCAUUUCCAUGAGCACCAUUGGAUUCGGUGACUUUGUGCCCAAGGAUCCAAUCUACAUGAUGUUGUCAAUAGUUUACAUGAUCUUUGGUCUCGCUUUGACGUCCAUGUGCAUCAAUGUCGUUCAGGUGAUGCUGACGGACCAGUUCAAGCAGGCGAGCCAAAAGAUCGGCGCGUCGAUCGGUUUCCAGGUGUCGGACGAGGACGGCUCUCUGAGGCCGGCCCCUCCGGCGCCCGUAGAAAUCGCCGACGUGCACCUCAACCCGAGCGAAAAGGUCGCGCCCACGGCCAAACAGGAGGACGACGAGCUCUAGGCCCCGCAGGAGCCGUCGGCUGACCGCGACACCUGGACACGGGCUUUCAGGAAAAAACACCGCGUCGGCAGCUGACGGUCCGAGUUCACGGGACGCUGAGGGCCUUAUUUCCCACUUGGCCGUGCGCGUCUCGACCAGAGGACGAUGCUAGUUUGUUUUUCAACGCCAUUCCCCACUUUCAUUCUAAUGGAACAAGGUGCUCGAAUAUUCAAUUUUAAAAAAAGGAGGGAGAAGCAUAUCGUAUUGGGAGGAAAACAAAAUAGGGUUCGCGUGGACAAAAGCAGAGGAAGAGUGGAAUCAAGUCGACCGGGGGGAAUCUCGUUGUAUGGUCCGAAAAAACUCUCGAGUACGUGUGCUUUAAAAAGUUGAUUCGAAGGCGAAAGUUUUGCGGAGGGUGCGCGACGAUGUUAAUUUUAAAUGUGGGCGUAUAGGGGAGCUUGCGCGUGUGGUGAAACUUUUUCCGGCCGUCGAAAGUUGAUAAAUUUACUUUCGGAAGCCGAAUAAUGGACGACGUAGGUGUGACGUGUAUAUUUUCAAGAUGCGAUCGUUUUUUGCUCGUUUGAUUUUUAUUAGAGAAAGUUGCGAUGGUGUAUUUUAUAGAAAAUAAUUAAAUACAUGCACAUAUAUAUAUAUAAAUCUGUUUCUAUGACCAGGCGCGUGGGAAUUGUGUCACUGAUAUACAUCUUAUAUAUACUGUUGUCAGAAAUUUAGGAAGAUAUUUUAUUUUUUGAAGAAUUGAUUUUUUGGUAGUGACGGCCCCGAUUAUUGUACAUAAAAAUAAUAUAUAUAUUUGAAUCACACUUUACGUGACAAUAUAAACAAACACAAUUUUGCUUGAAUUUCGUACUUGAGAUAUGCAUCAAGUGCGAUGAAAAUAAUCUUGUCUCGUGUACGAUGUAAAAAUGUAAAAAAUUAAUUGUAACAGAGAGAAAACAUAACUUAUAUACGAAACAUUUAUGAUAUUAAAUCAAACAAAUAAUUUUACGAAUACUUUUGCAAAUUAACAUGAACAUUUAUUUGAAAAAAGAAUUGUAUUAAAUUAUACUAAGUAGAUUUAAAAAAAAAUUUGUAUAUCAUAAAAAACUAAGAGAUAACCACUGUGAAAUGAUAUAGAUAAAUUUUUAAUGACAAAAAAGCGUUAUAAAGAGUUGCGUAAUUGGUGAAGGAAUAUAUUAUAGCAGCUUAUUGAUAAAAAAAAAAUUGUUGAUCGAUCGAGCUAAUAAUUCUUGUAAUUUAUAAAUGUUCUUAAAAAAA